CGUUUACACCGAUCUCAAAGAUGGCAUCUCCUGCUCUGAAACAAGGGGAUCGAGUCAGCCAAUCAUCAAAUUCAUCGACAUCGCGGGUCAGCAUGACUACAUCGCAGGCAGAUGAAAACUUCGUUGAGUCGAAGCUAUUUAGUUGGAUGCGUCUUUUUCGGUUUGCAACGCUCCUGUGCCGGGCCGAAUAAA